AUGAAAAUAAUUUACGGCAUACAAGGCCGUCAAAAUAUAUUUCCCUACCAUGCACUUGGUCAAUUGUAUCGUGUUCCUUUACGGUGGUAUUAUUCAAAUUCUCGUCCAUUUCGCAUAACACAUCGUAUUCUUGCCGGUGCUGUUCUUCUACAAUUAUAUCUUGCUAUUACGCGUAAAGCUGAUCUUGCUUAUACACCAUAUACAAUGGUUCAUCAUCAACUAGAUCAUAAAUUUGCCCAUUGGCUCGAUGAUCUACGUUAUCCACCAAAUAAAGAAGAAGUCGAAAAAUUCAAAAAAGAACAAGGAAUUAAAAAUUAA